CUUUAAUCGGCAGAGGGCGGUGCCGACGAGGUCCCGCGAGAGCGGCGGGGGGCGGGGGGCGGUGCCGAGGCUCGGGAGCCGUGGUAGAUGGAGCCCGCGAUGGAGCCGGAGACUCUGGAGGCGCGAAUCAACAGAGCCACGAACCCCCUGAACAAGGAACUGAACUGGGCCAGCAUCAACAGCUUCUGCGAGCAGCUCAACGAGGACUUCGAGGGGCCUCCACUUGCCACCCGGCUGUUGGCCCAUAAGAUCCAGUCCCCGCAGGAGUGGGAGGCAGUCCAGGCUCUGACGGUGUUGGAAACAUGCAUGAAGAGCUGCGGCAAGAGGUUCCACGAUGAGGUGGGCAAGUUCCGCUUCCUCAAUGAGCUCAUCAAGGUCGUAUCUCCCAAGUACCUGGGCUCUCGGACGUCGGAGAAAGUGAAGAACAAGAUCUUGGAGCUCCUCUACAGCUGGACAGUUGGCCUGCCCGAGGAGGUGAAGAUCGCAGAGGCCUACCAGAUGCUCAAGAAGCAGGGGAUUGUGAAGUCCGACCCCAAGCUUCCAGAUGACACCACCUUUCCCCUCCCUCCUCCGCGGCCCAAGAAUGUGAUCUUUGAAGACGAGGAGAAGUCCAAGAUGCUGGCCCGCCUGCUGAAGAGCUCCCACCCCGAGGACCUCCGAGCGGCCAACAAACUCAUCAAGGAGAUGGUGCAGGAGGACCAGAAGCGGAUGGAGAAGAUCUCGAAGCGAGUGAGUGCCAUCGAGGAGGUGAACAACAAUGUGAAGCUGCUGACGGAGAUGGUGAUGAGCCACAGCCAGGGCGUGGCGGCAGCCCACAGCAGAGAGGACCUCAUGAAGGAACUGUACCAGCGCUGUGAGCGGUUGCGGCCCACGCUUUUCCGACUGGCCAGCGACACAGAGGACAAUGAUGAGGCCUUGGCGGAGAUCCUGCAGGCCAACGACAACCUGACCCAGGUGAUCACUCUGUACAAGCAGCUGGUGCGGGGCGAGGAGGUCAACGGUGAUGCCGCCACUGGCUCCAUCCCUGGGAGCACCUCGGCCCUGCUGGACCUCUCAGGCCUGGAUCUCCCUCCUGCCGGCACCACCUACCCAGCCAUGCCCUCCCACCCUGGUGACCAGGCCAGCCCCGAGCAGCCCAGCACCUCCGUUUCCCUGCUUGACGAUGAGCUCAUGUCUCUGAGCCUCAGUGACCCCACACCCCCUUCAGGCCCAAGCUUGGAUGGUGCUGGAUGGAACAGCUUCCAGUCGUCUGAUGGCACCGAACCCCCAGCCCCUACUCCAGCCCCCAGCACGGACAGUCGGCCCCCAGCGCAGAUGCCCGUGCCAUCAAGCAGUGGUCUGGAUGACCUGGACCUCUUGGGGAAGACCCUCCUCCAGCAGUCACUGCCCCCGGAGUCCCAGCAAGUGCGGUGGGAGAAGCAGCAGCCAGCCCCCCGGCUCACGCUCCGCGACCUGCAGAAUAAAGGCAGCUGCAGCUCACCCAGCGCCAGUGCCACCAGCCUCCUCCACACCACCUCCCCCGAGCCCCCUGGGCCUCCGCGGCAGCCCAUGCCCACUGAGCUCUCACUGGCCAACAUCACUGUGCCCCUGGAGUCCAUCAAACCCAGCAGCAUGUUGCCAGUGACUGUGUAUGACCAGCAUGGCUUCCGGGUCCUCUUCCACUUUGCCCGGGACCCGCUGCCCGGGCGCUCCGACGUGCUGGUGGUGGUGGUUUCCAUGCUGAGCACCGCCCCCCAGCCCAUUCGCAACAUCGUUUUCCAGUCAGCGGUCCCCAAGGUCAUGAAGGUGAAGCUGCAGCCGCCCUCAGGCACGGAGCUGCCGGCCUUUAACCCCAUCGUCCACCCCUCAGCUAUCACCCAGGUCCUGCUCCUCGCCAACCCCCAGAAGGAGAAGGUUCGCCUCCGCUACAAGCUCCUCUUCACCAUGGGCGACCAGACCUACAACGAGAUGGGGGAUGUGGACCAGUUCCCCCCACCUGAGACCUGGGGGAGCCUCUAGAACAGAGGGGGGCUGGGGAGCGGAGGGGCAAUGGGAUUGGCCCUGGUCUAGCCUGGGUGGGAGGCUGUGUGGCCAAGGACGCCCUUUGUUCCCACGGCCAUAGCCCCUGGGCCUGGUGCUUCUCCCCUCCACCCCUGGGGCCCCUCCUGCCUUGUCCUCUCCCCUGCUGAGCCAAACCCAGCAGGAGGCUGGGCCUGGGUUUGCACUGCUGGGGACCUUCACCACAGGGGGGAGCCUGGAGCAGAGAAGGGCUGCAUGGCCCUGGAAGGACUUGGGGUCAAGGGGGAGAAGCAUGGCUGUCGGGCGAGGGCCAGGACCUCAGGCCCAGCUCCGAACCCAACCUGGGGGUGGGGUCAUCCCUGCCUGUCUCUUAUGCCUUAUGGGAAGGCCCAGCCAUACCUCGGGGGCUGUGCUGGAGCCGGGGCCCAGCUCAGGCCUCCUCCAUAGGAACCGGGUGACUGUGGGGGUGAUGCCUGCACCCCCAGCCGUUUGCACUCUCUAGUGUGUGGUUUGACUCUGCUUUUCUUUCUAAGUGGCCCUGUGGUCACCUUUCACGGGGCCCAGUGGAGGAGCUCCUCCUGUCCCCCACUCCUCCUGGGGGUCUCCCACCACCCGCCCUUUGCUCUCAGGCCUCUUGAAGGGCUGUGGGCUGUGUGACUGCUGGCCAAGGGGCAUGUCAGAGGUGGUGGCGCCACCUCGGGGUUCUGGGCUUCUGGCCAGGGUGGGUGCUGCACGGGAGUUCUCGCUGUGUGGCCUUCAUUCGUCGGCCUGUGCUGGGGCCUCCUGUGGGCGUCACCUCUGUCUAUCCAUCUGUCCCUGGGCAGAAGUAGGGCCAGCGUGUGAGUGAGAGCAGGAGUAUUUAUGGAAAUAAAACGUCCUUUUUCCUGGA